CGGUUAGUCUUUUCUGCUGAGUGACGUCGGUGGCCCUCCUUAGCUUUCACCGUACACAGGGCGUGGCUAGCCGUCCGCAACCAACUGAGUAAUGUGGCGCGAAGAGAGUUGGGCAGCUAAUAGCCCGCCCGUCUUCCUCCUCGCUGGUCACCUGGCCCCUCCCACUCCAUUCAUCGCCAGUUGUUCCCUCUUGGCGCUCGUUUGGGUUUCCUUGCCUGCAGCCAAUAGCGGCGAAUGUUGCGCAGCCGCCGCUGCCGCUUACUUUUGUGGGGUUGAAAGGAGAAUUUCGGAGUCUCCAGUCAGUCGGAGGGCGGGUCGCUCCAGCAGCAGCGAAUCAUCCCUCAUCCAAGCAGACAACGGGUACCAGCUGAAGACAGGCCGGCCGUCCCAUCCCGCGGUCAAUGCGCGCUUCCCUGGACGGGCCAAGGGAGUUACCGGAGGAUGAGAGACCAAUUUCUUCAGGGCUUUCGUUGAAGGGGACGCGGAGGGCUCUGGAAGAACAGGCAUUUGGGCAGCGGCGGUCGGGCGGAGUUGUGUGUCUUGGAGACGCAGCUGAGACUGGUGUCCUGUGCGUGCUAACGUGGGAAUAAGCCCCCUUGAGCUCAGCGGAGUUUGGUUUCGAGUCGCCAGCGUGCGCAGCAUUUACUUCCAGGGACCUGGUGAGGCAUUUCUGAGGAUGUUCCUGCUUGCCUCAAAAUUCCUAUUGCUACCCGUAUUUCUUGGGGUGGUGUAUACAGCUCCUACUGCAGAUGGUGGUGGAGAAGAGCAGCCAGAGGAGAUAGUCCUAAACUUUCCCAGGGAUGAAGCUAGUCUGAAUGAAAUGUUCCGAGAAGUAGAAGAGCUGAUGGAGGAUACUCAGUACAAGCUGAGGAAUGCAGUCCAAGAGAUGGAGGCAGAAGAAGAAGGUUCUAAAAGGAUAAUAGGAGUUGACUUUGAGAAGCUACCUGCCAACUACCACAAUGAAUCCUACACAGAUACAAAGAUUGGAAAUAAAACCAUACAUGGUCACCAAGAAAUUAAUAAGGCAACAGAUAACAAGACUGGAUCUACUAGCUAUUCUGAAACUAUUAUUACAUCAAUACAGGAAGGAGAGAGCAAGAAGAAUCAUGAGUGCAUUAUUGAUGAGGAUUGUGAGACAGGAAAAUAUUGUGAAUUCUCUGAUUUGGAAUAUAAGUGUCACAUUUGCAAACCUCAACACAUGCAUUGCUCUCGCAAUGUGGAGUGUUGUGGACACCAGCUCUGUGUCUGGGGUCAGUGUGUAAAAGCUGCCUCAAAAGGAGAAAAUGGAACAAUUUGUGAAAACCAGCAUGACUGCAAUUCUGGAAUGUGCUGUGCAUUUUCAAAAGACCUCCUGUUUCCUGUGUGCACUCCAUUACCUGGAGAGAGAGAACCUUGCUAUGAUCCUUCAAACAGGUUUCUGAACCUGAUUACAUGGGAGCUGGAGCCAGAUGGAGCCCUCGAUCGCUGCCCAUGUGCACAUGGAUUCAUUUGUCAGAUGCAGAGCCACAGCAGCAAUUCUCUCUGUGAACUAUCCUUUAACAAGACCCAAACUGAGGACAAGGAGAAUCCUUUGUUAGUGGAUGAAAUAUCACUUUUGGAUUUUGUAACCUCAAACAUUCCUGGGGACUAUGAAGAGAGAUUGAUCAAAGAAUUGCAGGAAGGUUUGGAUGAAGAAGUAACCGAUCCAAAGAAACUGGAUCCGAUUUUUGGAGAUGAAGUAUAAAUUAGUUUAGCAAGUUAAUUGUUCACCAUUCUAGCAAAUGAGUUAGUGUCUUGUUUGGUACCUCUAAACAUGCAUCCCCUUUUCUCUCUGCUGGAUAGAAGUGCAAUAACUGGACUAUAUUAUACAUAGCUAUCUUCCUCUGCCCUUGCAUGAUCAGAUUUUUUUUCUAUUUGAGGAUCAACCCAAAUUCUACAUUGAAAUAUCAAAAAUUGUUACUGGCUUCUUUCAUGGACAAGUUUGAAUUUUAAACAAGUUGAGUUUUGAACUUGUUAACGGCUAGAGUAAUUUAAGUCUAUUUAAAAUUAUUAGGGGUGGUUUGAGCUCUGCAUUUUAUGUAUAUAUUGUUUUUCAAAAUUCAUCAAGCGCCUUCUUGAGGUUUAGACUGGGCAUUGUUUUAAUUAUAUAUUUUAAAAUACAUCCAGUAACAUUGCAAGAAAAAUAGCAACUGCAGGGCCUGGGCCUUUCAAAUGAAGUAUAAAGGAUGAGAAAACAAAUGGCAGUGUGGCAUUUAAUUGUUAAACAUUAGUAAAAGGAAGCAUCUCUAACAAAGAUCUGAGUAGGAUGGAGUGUUAACAUUAAAUGUUUUCUCCCACCCCAGAAGUAUUACUACAAGGCAUGUGUUUUAUAUAUAUAGUACACACUUGCUAUUUAGCGCUUACAAUAAAGCAAUAUGAUUGAAAUUA